GGAGAAAAGAAGGAAGAGGAGUAGGAGUAGACUAAGGAGAAGGAGUAUGCUCGAGGAGAGGUCGUGGAGAGAAGGAGGCGAAACAUGCAAUGCAUGCAUGCAUGCAUGAGACAGGCAGGCGGACAAACAGGCAAGGCAUACAGGCAGAUAUAGAGGAGGCAGGCACAGGCAAGGCAUAGAGGCAUACAGGCAGAUAGGCGAGCCGGUGCCGCCGCCGCAGCCGCAGCCGCGAUCGCGCGCUUCAAGAAGGGAAGUGGGGACACAACAUAACACAGCGCGGCCGCGUGUGCAGACCGCUUUUGCAGAGCUUCGCUCGGCACACGGGGAAACGUUCCGCCUUGUAUACUGCUGCUGCUGGCUGCUGGCUGCUGCUACUAGCUGCUGCUGCUGCUGCUGCUGCUGCUGCUGCCGCUGCUGCCUGCCGACUGUCGACUGUCGACUGCUACUCUCAGUCUGCCGGGCGGCCUCGUGCGCGCUUGGUUUCCAUCUGACGAAUCUGCGCGCCACGAAACUACCCGCGCUCGUUCUCGAGACCCGGAACGGUCGAGCGGACCCGCGAUUACGAACGAGAAUAUAAAGAGAGUAAAAAAAGCGAGGGAACGAACGAACGGACGCAACGAACGACUCCUCGUCGUCGUCGUCGUCGUCUUCGUCGUCGUCUUCGUCACUCGGUCGAGAUAAGAUCGGGAGAGGUGAUCGUCGUCACUCGUUGGCGGACGAUCGACGAGGACGAUCCGUGAGUGAGGCAGGUCGAGGGAGCCGGCUCGUGCUCCAAUCGUUCGCGAGCAGAGGCCCUCGCCAGGCAAAGAUACGCGUUUCGCGCCUUAUCGUGUCCACGUGUCGCGGCGGACGUUUCGAGAUUAACCUUACGAGUAACCGGUCACGAGGACUAACAGGAGUAAGAAAGAGAGGAAGGAGAUAGGAGAGGAGAAGGAUCGAGAUGGUACACACGGAUGGUGCGUCGUUGUGACAUGUGUCAGACGAUCGACAUGAGACGACUUGUAAUUUGGAAGACGCGUGCCCCUUGAAGGAAAAAAGACCAAAUAUAUAUAUAUAUAUAUGUAUGUAUGUAUGUAUGUGUGUACGUAUGUACAUACAUAUAUGUAUAUAUGCGUACGGAGCUCGAGAAAGUACGCGAUUGGUGGUGCACACACGGUGACAGGACAGAAUAUUGUUGGGUGCUGCUCUAGGCUGGGGACCGUUUGCCGGAACGAAACGGAACGGAAACACGUCGCCUCUUCUACAGGUGUUUCGAAUCGAUUCCUCGGCUUCCACCGAACGCCCUUUUCCCCUCUCGGCCUCUCGGCGGCGUGCUUCACCUCGUGGAUGGUGUGACUGUUCAGUGAGUUUCCUUGGCCGGACACGUGAUCCGCAACACGGGCCCUGCUCGCUCCUCGUCGUCGCGUGCAGUUUCUCUCGCGCUCACCGCUCGUGAAGUUUCACCGGAGGAGGAAUUAAUCGCGCAUUCGACGGGAUAUUCGGGGAAGGGGAUUAAUAAUAACUUGGAUAAUAAUAAAAUCGAAGUCGUCACCGAAACGAACUUGACACAGUGUCACCAUUUCUUCUCUUCUCGUCGAAUCGUUGCUUCGAAUCGUUCGCUCCCCCGAGUGUGGGAUCGAGUAGGAGGAAACGAGUGAGGGAAGGAAACGGAUAUAUUUCGAAUACUCGACAGUCGUGUGUCGUCCUUGUGAAACUUUCUCGCGGGAAUGCGAGCGACAUUAAUCGCGUGGCAAUCGGGUGUGCGCCUUGUAGCCGCGUGACACCGAUUCCUCGGUGUUCGGAUUUUGGGGCCUCGAGUUUCAUCGUCGCGGGCAGAUGGGACGAUAAGAGAAACGAGGAGGAAAUACUCUCUUUUUUUUUUCUUCGAACUGUAACGCGUAUAGUCCAUCUAAUCGUUGGUGCAGUAUCGUUAAACGCCUAAUAUAUAUACAUAUACAUAUAUAUAUUUACACGUAUAUCGUAUAAGGAGGAACGAGUAGCAAGUGAUAGAAGUGGAGAGGAAAGGGAGACGGAUCGUGGUUGUAAACGAUCGAACGUUUCGUCGAAACGGUGUGUUAAAUGACGAGGUGGUCCAAGAGGUGGAGGUGGUGGCGGCCCGGUAAUACGUGGUAAAACGUUCGGGGCGAGAGAAAAGUUUCGGGGAAGGACAGGGUCGCCACCGCACGGGGAAGAAGCGACAGCGGCGUGGCAGAUGAGAUGUGAAGCACGAGGACUACGCGGCGUGGAGCUGGCGGGAGCGAAGGCGGAAGUUGAGAAGCCGAAGCUGCCGAAGGCGGUUGCAGGGGCGGCAGCAGCUCGAGGGGGCACCUGGCGGGGGCCGCCUGAGAUGACGACCCUGCGACGGGGUAUCGUGGCACCCCGGUACAAUACUUACGUUCUGGUUUCGUUGAUCGGACUGUUGCUUCAGACCCAGUCUGCAACGGGCGGUAUAUGCUGGUCUUCCAUUAGCAACGGUCGUUGUAAGGAAUUAUUGUCACAAGGAGUGACAAAGGAAGAUUGUUGCGCGUCGAACGCCGCAGCAGCGACCGCGUACUCGGAGGAAGAUCUCGAUAGCGGAAGUCUCUUUUUUUGGAGGGUGCUUGGUGGAGGUGUGCAGUGUCGUCCUUGCAGAGAAAGCUGCACGGAAGUAAGGUGUGAGGAGGGAAAGAAGUGCGUGGUGCGCAGAGGAAGACCAAGGUGUGUGUGCAGCCCUGAGUGCAAAGCACCAAGAGGUGGUGGUCCAGUCUGCGGGACGGACGGCAAAAGCUACAAAAAUUUGUGCAGACUGAAGAAACGCGCUUGCAAGAAAGGAAGCCACGAACUAGCGGUUGCCUAUAACGGCCACUGCCAAAGUUCGUGCGCACGGGUCCGGUGCGGCCAAGGCCGGAGCUGCCUGCUGGACCAGAACCUGAGCCCGCACUGCGUGAGGUGCGCCCGCAGGUGCCCCCAGCCGCCCCCGCAACAACGAGCCGCCGCACGCCCCGUUUGCGGGGCCGACGGAAACACAUACAAGAGUGCCUGCCACCUGCGACUUGCCGCCUGCCGCGCAGGUCGCGCCAUUCCCGUCGCCUAUAAGGGCCACUGCAAACAGAACGCAGACUGUACCACGAUUCGUUGUCGCGAGGGGCAGACGUGUCUGUCGGAGAUGAAGUCGGGCCGGCCACGUUGCGUGACCUGCACCUAUCGUUGUCCCCGGAAGCGGGAGCGCGUCCGGAACCGGACACACCGUGAUCGAGACCCAUCGGCGACCAUGUUGUGCGCCACCAACAAUAUCACCUAUCCAAGCUGGUGUCACAUCGUCAAGGACGCCUGCGUUACCGGCUUCGUCCUCGAGACGCGACACGCCGGCCCCUGCAACGCCUACGACACCUCUCCUCUCUAUAUCGAGGAGGACAACACCUCGAGCAACUAUGGCGUCGAUCUGGCGGACGAGGACGCGAGAUUCGAGGACGCGGAAUCCCUAUCGUACAACGGCCAGACCCAUCGCUCUUUGGCGUUGUCGUAGCCCGCGAUCGAUCGAUCGAUCGGUCGAUCCUGCACACCGACGCGACACACGAGUCGUACAUUUUCUCCGUAGGUGCUCGCUACUGACCAAGGAACCACAGCGGAUUGGUGGAACGUGUCGCGGAGGAACACGCGAAUUGAUAUUACCGACUUUCUGAUCUUUCUGAUCAGAUCGGAGAGGAUAAUUAUGAUAAUAAUAUUAUAUUAAAUUCCAACGCGAAAUUGGAGAAUUAAAUUAUGAAACUGUUCGUUAGGUUAGGUUAGAUUGCGCGAUUAUUGGAUUAAGUUUCGUGUUGUAAGGUUUGAUCUAUCGAGAUCGUAUUAGAGAAAUGUCACGCGAGAAUUACCACGUGUGAAUUUCCGGUCGUAGCUUCCGGGGAGCUUGGAGGAACGACGCGAGGGCGGACACGUUUUUUUUUUUUUAUGCUUCCUCUUUUGGAAGGCACACGCAAUUUUGGGACGCCAUUAAAUCUCGAGGAUGGCGAGAUUCGUGCCGGAUAUACAUAGAUUAAGGGCAGAUCAGUAUUCUUUUCUCCGUUUUCGGGAGGAUUUCGAGGUUUCGCAGGUUCGUUCGCGCACAGGCGACAUUAUUUCCCUCCCCCCUCACUUUUUCUCUCGUUUUAUUUUAUUUUAUUUUGUUUUUCAUCUCAGAAGGAAGCGGAAAGCCAACGAAUCGAGACUAAUUAACACUUUCGUGAUCGAAGCACGCGAUAAACGCGUUGUUACAUGAGGGUAACGUGUCGCGUUUGCUACCUACCAGGAGCCAUUUAAGCAGGUUUGUAUCUAUUGUUUCGAUGUACAUAUACGUUUCACGAAUUUGUGAAAUUAAAUUAGUUAAUAAUUAUUUAAAAUUGAUCUUUCGAAUCGAACUUGAGAGAACUUUUAACUCUUUAAGUCUUUGAGAAUUGUAUUAUCGCCAUUUUUGUUGUUUCAACGCAGUUUAUUAUUUUAAAUAUUUGAGGAUUAUCAAUUAACAGGCAUAAUUUUUCUAACAAGGAAAAUUGAUCGGGUAUUAUUUAUAAAAAAAAACGAAAAUUGGAUAAUAAAUGAAACGACUUUAGAAUUUCCUUUUUGAAUUCUAAUUAUUUUAUUUAUUUUUAUUUAUGAAUCAAUUUAAACAAAAAAGAACUGCCAUCUGCCGUGUGUACAAUGAAAUUUUCUUUUUAUAAUGUAAUUAUAAUAUCUCUAAGUGAUUAGAUACAUUUUAUAGUAUGAAUACGAAAAAAAGUACUAAUAUAAUCCUAAAUUUCUUCGUCUUCUAUAAAUGUAUGAUUCAGAAUUUUAAUUUAUGAGCAUUAAAGGGUUAAUAGUCUCAUCAAUUAUCAUUGUAUUCCUUGUAAAAAAAAAAAAAUAUUUUAGAAGUAACAACGUUUACAAAUUCGAUUUUCUGAUAUUUUAAGAGUACAAUAAAUCUUGAUGUAUCACAUGAAAUGUCCAUAAAAGUUAGGCAUAGUUAGUCUAUGAAUUAUAAGUUGUAAAUUGCUGUAAGUAUUCUUUCGUCGUCUGUUUUUUCUUUCUUUUAUCUUUCUAGCAUUAUAUUUUUAUUCGAAAAUUAGUUUUAAUCGAUUAUACCACAGUGUUCUUUCUUUUGUAUUAAUUUAUUAUAAUGUUAAAUUAAUUUAUUGUUCGAAGUAAUACGAAUAAAUGAAAUCUGUGUCCGUGUGUAUGUGUGUGUGUAUGAAAGAGAGAGAGAGAGAGAGAGAGAGAGAUUGGAAAAUCGCGUUGAACUUCAACAUAACACCAAUUUUAUUCUUCUUUCGUUUCUUUUAACAGGAUAACAUGUACACAGUGUAAUAUGAAGUUUGAUUGCCAACACGUAAAAUACAUAUUAUUAUAUCAAGAUAAUUAUACAUGUGAAGCACGUGAAAUAGUAUGUAUAAAUAUACGUUGCUUUAUACGUUAUUUCACGUGUACAGUUCACGUGUGUUUUAGAUACACAUACUAUUUAAUAGAAUUCUGUAUAUAGUUUACAUUAUGCUUGGAUUAUUUCGUAACGUAAGAGCCUCUCAUCGAUACUAUAAAAAGGAAAAACAAUAAAGUUAACUAAUUAGCGAUCCAUUCACUAAUCGAAAUACUCUUUCACUCAUAUAUCAUGAAUAAUCAAACUUAACCAAUCACAGCCAUACAAUUUUAAUUGCACUGGCUCCUGAUAUUCUAUCUAACGUUAUCUAUUUCGUGUCCUGUUCAAUUGAGAUAAAUUAAUCGCGAAAGUGUUAAUGAACGUCGAUGCAGUCAUUCGAUGAAGAAUAUUUUCGAUUCAAUCAAUUGAUAUUUAUAAUCGUUAAAUGUCGUUCAAGAGUAGAUCAUUUUUAGGGCUCAAUGGAAUGGAAAACGCAGAACACUAAUAUGAAAUUUAAGUGACAGUCGUAGAUCUAAUCACUAUCGAAAUUGACUAUCGUCCCAUUAUCGAAAUUAUUAGAAGUUGAUUGGAAAGUUUUAUAGUUUCUUUUUCUCAAAACUUUUUGAGAAAAUGCGAAUAAAUAAUUAUUAAGAAAAUUUCUUUUGAGAAAUGUGUAUGCAUAUACAUUAUAAAAAUAUAUAUUACAGUAUUUUAAAAAUACUUAUUUUUUUUUUUUUAAUUUAAGAAGAACAAUUGAAUUGCUAAAUAAAUCGUGAUAAAUUAAACGUUUAUUCAAAAAUAUUAAUAAUAUUCAAAAUAAAAUAUUCUUUGCAAUGUACAAUGCAUAUUUAAAAUUCAUUUAUAUAUUUUUUUAUAAAAAUCUUCAUAAAAAUACGAAUUUGAAAAUACGAACAUCAUCAAUUAGUAAUAGCAAAAUUUUCCAAUCAACUUAUCAAUUAUACUCCGUCGAAAACACCGUUUCUUAAUUAAUACAUUGCGUAUAGCUUUCUUUUUAACAAAUAGAAUAUUAAGAUCGAAUCGUGAAAUUACGCUUACGUAUUAUCAUAUGCUGACGUGUACACGAAUUUUAUCAUCAAAAUGAAAUUUGAAUACGACCAAAGACAAGCAUUCGAAAGAAAGUCAAUGGUUCAGUGAUUGAAUAACAUUCUAAAUGUCGAAGCUGAACAUAAUCGUAAUCGCAAGCCAUUGUAUAUGCGAAGACGUUAAAUAAUGUAAAAUAUUUGUCUGUAUACGAUAACUUGUCAGCUAGUCGUAAAGUGGUCACUAGAAAAAAGAAUUUUUCAAUAAAAUUGCAUCCUUGAGAAGGAAAAAUGAGAAAAUAAACGAUAAAAGAAAUUUUUGAAAAAAAGAGAAAGAUUGAAAAACCGAUAAUGAAUUUAAAGAAGCUUUAUGGAAUUGACGAUAAAUUUGUAAAACGAAGCUGUACGCAAUGUAUCAAUGGAUUUUACUUUGGAAAAACUUUUAAUUUUGAAUGAUAAAAAGAACAGGUGAAAAUAUCCUUCUAUGAUAAAAUGUUAAAGUUUUAAAGUAUUAUUUAUUUAUUUAUUGUAAAUUUUUUUGUACAUAUUAUUUUGCGGAAUCAAUCAUUUGUUGCUAUUUCUUCGAGCAAGUGUGCCUGUUCUUUUUGACCAAUCAUGUUAAUGUUCAAAGUUAUUUCACAAAAUAUGUAUAAUAUUUUUACACGAGAAUCACAUCUUGGAACGAAAGAUUUUUAAUUACGAAAAAUUAACAAAGAAAGUUCCAUCAUUUUAAGAUUUAGUAUAAAUUUUUCACGAGUGAAGAUGGUUUUUAAGAAAAAUAGUAACCGACAGUUUCUUUUGUUUUAAAACCAGACAGAUUAAUUCUGUACAAAUCAGUAUUAUUCAACCUUACGCGACGAAGGUAAAUAGCUAGAUAAUCAACGAGAGAGUUAGAUCAAUAUUAACUCUCAAAAAGCAUUUGUUAAAAAUUAUUUGCUUUACGUACUAUUAUUUUGUUUUACACAAUCAAUAAUGAAAUCAAAAAUUAGAUAUAAAAUUUAAUUUUUUUUCUGGAAUAUUCGUUAAAUAAUUUUCUCGUAUUAAUAAACCGAAGCUAAUAACUUUUCAAUUAAAUUCAUUUGUUAAUUAUAUUUAUUUUUUUAUUAAUCCCAGAAUAUAUUAUUCAUAUAUUCGUAUAUAAAAAAUUACGAAAUUUAGAUAAUAAUCAAGCCUGUAAUUUCUUAUUUAUGAAUUUAUCUUACGUUGAAAAAUAAUCUUUUUCUUUAUAGAAAUAAUACAAAAUUUAUGUCUUUUCAAUCUUAAUAAAAUUAAGAAGAAAACAUUAAAAAUAUGAAACUUUCAUCGCCAAGUAUAAAAAUUCCAAAUAUUUAGAUAUACUCUUGCAGAGUUUAAUUAAUCUAACUAUAUUUCACUAAAUCAUCAAAAUUCGCAUCCAAUAGAAAACAGAAAUGAUAUAAUAACUAAAUCGAAAUUCCACGUGUAAGCAACGUGUCAUUUUAUUCUCAAUUACGUGUACCAAGAAUUUCAUCCGCCUCGACGAGGAAAGUUUGCGCUCAAAAAUGGCACUCUGAACGAACGCAACGUUUAAAUUACGCGUUCUUAAAUGCGCGUACAAUAUUACACAGUCCAUAUCUUCGAUAUCAGCCCGUUACAUUUUCGAUCGUUCCAAUGCCUCCAGUCUGGCGCCAGUAGAAUUCCCAUAAUAUUCGUACUUAAUUUAUGUUAGCUUUACGGCCUGCGUUAACAGCUUCGCUUAUUCGCACACAUUUUAUUGGUUUACGAUCACGUAUCUCACAUUUUUCCUCUCAUACGUUGUCAACCGCUUUACACGUGUCACCUCUCACCUACACGAUCGAAUAAAUUAUCGAUUAUUGCACGAUUCUGUAGAUGGAAAAAUCGUGGAACUGGAAAAUUCAGGAAUGAGAUAAUUUAUAGGGGAAUGAUAAGAGCCCACUUUGUCGAUCAUUUAUUAAUUUGUCUUACGCGUGAUCGUGUCAUAUGAUUUUCGUGAAAUAUGAUACUGCUGCUUGAAAUUAAAUGGAUGUUUUGCAAUUUUAAGAUAUUAUCGAAGCCAUGAGAUGAAGAAUUCUUGGCAUCUCGAGUAGCACUUAUUUCAUUUAUUCCCCUAUCAAGGUAGUAAUGUAAAAGUAUGUCAAGGAUAAGAAAUAUUAUAUCUUUGAACGAAUUGUAAAUAAUUUUCCGGAAAAGCAGAGAGAGAAAGAGAGAGAGAGAGAGAGAGAGAGAGAGAGAGAGAGAGAGAGAGAGAGAGAGAGAGAGAGAGAGAGAGAGAGAGAGAGAGAGAGAAAGAGAAAAGAAACAAUUGCAAUGAAUUUUUAAUUAUUUUAGUAUACAACAAUUGGUUCGUUUAAUAUCUUUUUUUAUUCGUUAAUGUUUCCUCUAUUAUUAUUUAUUACGUUUGCGAAAGUUCAAUUUUUGUAUAAAGUUUUAUUAUGUUAGAAAGAAAUUUAAAAAAAAGAAGAAAGAGAGAGAGAGAGAGAGAAAAUGUUCAUAAAAUUUUGUGCAAUUUGUUCGGACGAAAGUGUUUGUAGAGAAUUGUAUAUUUUAUUAUUUAUAUAGAGAACGUGAUUUAUCUAUCCUCUUUAUUUUACACUCUUUUCUUUGCUCGACAAACUCUGUCCCAUGGGUCUGAUUUUGCGGAAUGCAAACUUCUCCAUGGCCUACCAUCCACGCGAAACAAUUAACGUUCCUGACAGCCGCAAAAGUGUUCCAAGAAACGGGGAAACGUCGCGACACCCCGCAUUGUAAAAAUACAAGAUUGGAAUUACUUUGCAAUAACGCCAAUUCUCGCUUAAAAAGGAGAUACAAUUAUUUCUGAGAUAAUUUACAAGGAAACGCGUUUCUUUGGCGUCUCGAAUGGUCUCCUUUACGCUGUUCAAAUACCCUUUGAAAUUUGUCUGUUGAUAAUAACGAGACGUCUCUCUCAAAAAAUAAGAAAUUUUCACGAAAUAACUAUUCGAACUAUCGACAAAUAUUUAGCAUUACGAUAUUCACAAUUUCUAUUCGUAAUAUUUGAAUAGGAUUUUUAUAAUAAAUAAUUCUCUGUUUAUCCACCAUGUUUAAGAUUCGUUUAUAUUUCUUUAUUUAGAGAAUUUUAUGUUAUAUGUAAUAUUUUGAAAUUGCAUUAAUGUUAUCCGAAUAAUUGUUCCUACAAUACAUAAUCGUAUAGUCAAUCGCGAUAUUUAAAAUUCGAAUAUAAUUUGUAAAUAAAUAACUCGGCAUUUAUUUCUAUUGUUCCAAAUCAAAGUUUCGUGAUGUACCAAUUGAUCAUUUGCAACAUUUUAAAAAUUCCGUGUCCGUAUCACUUUGAUAUUAAUUAACACAUUGGUUAUAUUUGCAGAAAACGCAAUAUUCAAUUUCUAAUCAAUACGAAAGUAAAUUAUUUUAAUUCUUCGAAGAAUAAGCGGGAACCUAUGAUACCUCUAUUGUUGCAAUCCGAAUACAUGAAACCAACCACGAAAUAAAAAAGAGGAAAAAAAAAUUCCGGCCGGAUAAUUUCAUUCUUGCGUGGUGACAUGUGCGAUGACAUUACAAAUCCGAAUGGCAAUAAAUUUAUACUCAUUUCGACAUUUACGCGAGACCACUUGUGCAAUUCGGUAUUGGAUAUUUCUAUCCAGCCUUUGUCUCAUGUAUUCUGUUCGCCUAUUUCGAGGCUACGCGAACCGGAAUGGACCGUAUUUAUCAGAUGAGAUCUGUCUAUCGUCGCUAGAAGCAAGGUGCAGAAAAACAAAAAAAAAAAAAAUAAAAAAAAAAUAAAAAAAAUUAUGUAAAUGCACCGAAACGAACGGUAAAAAAAGAAAAAGAAAAAAAAAAAGAAGAAUGCGAACGAGAUAUUCGUGACAUUCGGUUCCAAAUAUCGAAUGUCUAUUACCUGUGAACGUUUGAAAUCGUUUUUAGAUGGAAAUGCAAUUGUAUGCGAUAAUAUAGUUCCUGUAUUAUACAUAACGUAUAUAAUAUAAAUUUAAUAUACAUAAAUUAUUCUAUUAGUAGAGCUUUAGACUAUUCUAACAGUAGUACAUUGUGCGAACCAAAAAUUAAACGUCACCUUGAUAUGUCUGCCGUAAUUAUUAUUUCGAUAUCGAUUUAAUGUAUAACUCGCGAGCAUUAUUGCAUUAGCAUUACUUUAAGCAGCGUUUACGUUAGGCAACUUUUGACAAAGGAAAGAAUCGAUCUAUGAGCUAUCGAAAUUUAAUUCAAAAAAUACAAUAAAUAUUAUUAUAAAUAAAUAUCUUUGUUUUUACAAAUAUUUUUUCUAGCUUUUAAUAAUCAGAUUCACCUAACUUAAUUUAUUAUUCGAGAGUUGGUUUAAACAACUUUUAAUCGAGCAACCGGAACAAAUUAAAAUUUUAAUUGAGUAAAAUAAAUGGCUUGGGAAAUUAAAAAUUAUUUCAUGUAAACGCAGUCUUUUAAUCGAAAGAUUUUUGUAACAAAUUGAACAGAUAGUUAAUAAUUGAACGAUUCAAAAUUAUUUCAAAAGGAAAAUUUUGAUCGAUUUAAGAUCAAUCUAUUCGAUUGUUCGAAAUGGAAAAUUGCCCAAUGUAAACGCGGCUUUAAGAGUCUGCUCGAAACUUUUCUCGGCAAGAGGAUUCGAGCGCCGAAGACGAUCGAAAUAAGAGAAAGACAACAUACGGUAAUGUCGAGCAAGGGACAAUAAAGACAACCUACUAACGUUUCUCUUUCGAUUAAGUUGUGAUCAACAUUGCGAAAGAAGAAAAAUCAAUGAAAAUUCGAUGCAAAUUUUUCUUUACAUUAGCAUAUAACUAAUUUUUAAUUUUUCGAUAGAGGAGAUUUUAUACUCGACUUUUUCGGGGGACUUUAUGUUGAUAAUUUUGAAAUAUUAAAAAUUUCUCGUAAUUCCAUUUGACAAUGAAAACGACAAUUGUUAAAGUGUUAUCAAAUGCUCUUAAUUUUUUAAGGAAAUAGUUUUGUCUUAUUCGAGAAAAUUAUUAUUCGUAUUGUUAAUUCAUUGUCGGAGAAAAAACUAUUUCGUGAAUUUAGAAAAUUAGCGUAUUUGUUCAUAACAUAAUUUAGAAAAGAGUGAAAAAUGUAGGUCACUUCAAUCAGUGGUAUACUUCAAAAAACGUUCGAAUAUUUUACUAUGUUUAUAUGUUAAUUCUUUUAACUUUAUUCCAAUUAUCUGUGUACGAUUAUUAUGUAUUAUAAAAAUAUGAUCUUGUCAGUAACAAUUGUAACAAAAAUCUCUACUAAUGAUAUUAUUAUCGCAUAUUUAAUUCACUAGAUAUCGUAAAUAAAAUUAAAUAUUGAAUAACGAAAUUUGCCACUAUUAGAUAAAAAAUAUGUAUAUUGAUUAAAUAUACUAUCCAAGAAAGAAAAACGCGAUAUAUCGUAAAGUAAUUUAACGUGAUUAUUUGUAAAUUUAUGUGUUCGAGUAAUAUAAUUUAAUAUUUCCUAUCGUUAUCAUUUUUAUUCAUUGCAAUACGAAUUUAACGUAUAUUUUUAUUUAUUUUCGCUAAAUAUUAUUAUUAUGGAACUUUAUUUUAGAUGUUUAUAAUAAAUUCUAUAUAUUUGAUUCGUUGCUAUGUUUAACUUAUUUAAUAACGAGAUAUGAAAUAAUACUAUAAUCGGUUAAAUUAUAAAUGUUGUUAGUAUUCAUCAAGACUGUGUUUCUAAUUAAUUUAUUGCGAUACUUGGUUUUAAAAAUGUUGCCAUUUCGUUUCGCGUAAGAAAUCGAUGCAUAUCAUUAAAAAAAUCGGCCAUCGUUUCGUAAUAAACUCUCUGCAUUGAUCAAGAUAAAAGAUAAAUGUCAUUUGCAUAUAAGAACUCGAACACAGAUAUUUCUCUACAAUGAGAUUGAUACCAACUUACAUAAACUUGAAAAAUACAUAUUUCCUAAACACGUUAUCGUAUAUUAUCGUAUAUUUUGAUACAUAUAAUAAAUAAAUAUUCAUAUCCAUAUACCUUUGAUGAAACAAUAAGAAGAAAUGGAAUGUUUGAUACAUGACAUUUUAUUUUGAUUAUAAAUAUUAAUUUGAUUUUUUAAAAAUAAAUUUGAUAAAAAAAUUUUUUAAUAUUAAUCUAAUUGUUUAGGAAAUAUAUCUUGUAAUAUGUUGAUGAAGAAAGCAAGAUUAAAUCGCGUUCUACAAAAAUGAUAUUUAUCUAGAAAUUUUAUUUUAUAUUCUAAAAUAAUCAAACGUAUAAGAUUUCUGUUUUCAAUUGUGAUUACUUCAGUGGCUGUAAAGAAAUUUGAAUCUUAUGAUGUUAUAUUACGAAACUAUCUAAAAUUUUAUAUCUACACAUUGUAUGUUAAUAAAAAAAGAAUAUAACACGUUUACGACGAAACUUACGGUAUUAAACUUGUGAUAUAAUAUAAACGAAGAAUAUACCAAUACUUUGAUCUUUAUUAAUGAAAAGAGAAAAAUAAAUAUAUCUUUUUCUCACGAAGAAACGAGAAAGUAAAAAAAAAAGAUUAAAGAACACAAUAAUCGAGUCUUUUUUUUUUCAAAAUUUGAAGCUUGAGCUGAUAUUCGAAUAUCAAAAAAAAAAAAAAAAGAAAAAAAUAGAAAGCGAAAAAUUACAAGACAAAUAAAUUAGAAUAGCACAACCUCUAUAACACGAUAUACAUUUUUAAUUUACGUUGAUAUUUCUACGAUUAUAGCUUAAGUUCAAAGAUUGCGAUUGUCUAUAUGCGAUUUUCCACAGCACGUGUCCAACGUAUCGCAUGAUUCACGUAAAAAUCUGUAUAAUUUAAGGCAAGAUAGACCGACGAUAUAAUAGGUGAUAAAAUAGGAAGCCCGUGUAAAUUAAAUUAAAUGUCUCUUAGCUUCCAAACUUUUUAAAAAGUGAUGAAGAGAGAAUAAAUAAAUAAAUAAAUAAAUAAAUAAAUAAAUAAAUAAGUAAAUAAAUGAAAAGAACGUAGAAAAAUUGAGAAACGCAAAGCAAUGAAACGAAUUUCUCAAAGAAAAAUGUUUCAAAGAUAAAAUCCAUGCACUUCUGCGUACCUAAAAUAAUCGACAGUAAUCAUUGUAAAGAAUAUAUAAUGCGUCGAAAAUGCGGUCGUAAAUUGUGCAAACGUAUACAGGAUAGCGUAAUAAUCAUUGAUUAAUUUCUUAAGUUUCGAGAAUGCUUUAUCUAGGCGGUAAACGAAAUGGGUAUAACUUAUAAAUAAAUUGAAAUGAAGUAAAUGAAAAAUAAAUUUAUAUAUGUAUACAUAUUAUAUGUAUUUACGAGAACGAUCUAUCUAUGUAUACAUGUACUGCGCGUAUAUGUGUAUAUACAUAUGUGUUUGUAUGUGUGUAUGUGAAUGUAUAUACAUACAUAUACAUAUAUAUCGGUUAGCAACUACUUUCAAGACUGUGGAACAUCAUAGGUGUAUAAAUGUUUAAAUAAAUUAUUAUAACGUGGCAAUCAA